UUUCCUGUUGGGGUUCCCAAGGCAGCAGCCAACAAAAUGCAGAGGGCAGAGCCGUGUGCCUCCCAGCCGGGCCUGGCCUGCUUGUUCCCGCCCCUUCCUGCACCCGCCCCGCGUGCACGGCUGGGCUUUCAAGGGCAGUUCUUGAGCUGAGCUUUGGGAUCACAUUUUGCUGAAAAAAAUAUAAACGAUGUCCUAUAUCUAUUCAAACUUCUGGGACAUUUUAUUCUACCCCUUCCACUCAAGGCCCCCCCAGGCCUGCAAGGUGUCCGCUCUGAAAGGAGAAACAAAGAAUUCACGAGACCACCUGGCCCCAGGAGACGCAAAACGCAGCCUUUUCUUCUGCCCAACAGGAGGGACAGAGGAAGAAGAAUGCGAACUGAUUGUCCAGGAGAAUUUCAAAGAAGGGCUGUCUCAGGAGCCCACCCAAGACAGAUCAGGAGGUCUGAGGGCGGAUGAACGGACCCCACGGAAGCUGAGGCUCCUGCUGGUGGGAAAACCCGGAAGUGGGAAAAGCGCAACCGGAAACAGCAUCCUCGGCCGGAAGCUGUUCAAGUGCAAGCUCAGUUCCAGACCGGUGACCCAGGACUUCCAGCGGGGGUGUCGGGUGUGGGCUGGGAGGGAGCUCGAGGUCAUAGACACCCCCGACAUCCUGUCCCCUCGGGUGGCGCCGGGCGUGGCCGCCCAGGGCUUCAGCCGAGCCAUUGCCUUCUCCUUCCCCGGGCCCCAUGCCGUCCUCCUGGUGACACAGCUGGGCCGCUUCACGAAGGAGGAUCAAGAGGUGGUCAGGCGCCUCCAGGAGGUGUUUGGGGUGGGCGUCCUGGCCCACACCAUCCUGGUGUUCACACGGAAGGAAGACCUGGGGGGCGGCUCCCUGGAAGAGUACCUGCGAGAGACGGACAACCGGGAGCUGGCCCAGCUGGACGUGAUCUGCGAGCGGCGCCACUGCGGCUUCAACAACAAGGUGGAGGGGGCGGAGCAGGAAGCCCAGCUGGAGGAGCUCAUGCAGCAAAUUGAAAGCAUCCUGUGGGAAAACGAGGGCCAUUAUUACAGCAACCAGGCUCGCCAUUACUCCCCGUGGAACGUGCUGCUCCAGCAAGUGGGCGAGGGGCAGCUCCACCAGGGGUGAGGCAGGGCUCAGCCAGGAGUCCUGGCUGUAGACACUCUGCAGAUCCAGGAGACUUGAGGGAGCUCACACACAGCUCCUAAGAGGCACCCAUUUGAGAUGCGCUGGCUUUCAGUGCUUCCCACCAGCCUCCCUCCAACUGAGUUCCACUUCCAAGCCCUCACCUGCUCUGGCCAUCCCAUGGGCCACUACCCAUGCCCAUCAUCCCCUCUUCCAGAACACCCUCCCUCCCUCUGUGCCUCGCCAUCCUCAGGCUUUCCAGUCCUCUAGUAGAACACACGUAGAGCAAAAGCUUCCUGAGGGCAGGCCUGUGCCUCAUUCUCCCAUGUAACCCCCGCAGCAUCCGGGCCAUUGGGCUCACUGGUGAAAAGCCGGGGUAGCAAAUCAGUUUGGGAUGUCGACCAGGCAGCUCUGCAUCUCCUGGGCUGUGUCCUCGCCCAUAAAGGAAGCAGGCAUGGUGACUUUUCAGGUACGUGCUGGGUGUGGUGGGUCUGAACGCAGCAGUGGUUCUGUGACAUGUGGGGAAGGACAGUUUGAAACAAACUUAUGGUUACCAGAGCGGACAGGUGGAGGGGGGAAGGAUAGACUGGGAGUUUGGGCUUGGCAUGUGUACACUGCGGUAGAUGGACUCAUUGGCCAAUGGGAACCUGCUGUAAAGCACAGGGAACUCUACCCAAAAUUCUGUGAUCAUCUAUGUGGGGAAAGAAUCUGAAAAAGAAUGGAUUUGUGUGCAUGGAUAACUGAAUCACUUCAUUGUACAGCAGAAAUUAUCACAACAUUACAGAUGAACUAUACUUCAAUAAAACGUUUUUAUUUA